UUCACCGGGGGGUGGGCAGAGGGGUCAGGACAGCACUCAACAACAUUCUCUCUCGUUCUGUGAAGAUCCAUACCACCUUUCUCUAUUUCUUAAAGAGUAAAAACAAAGAUAACUUGACAUUUUUUGAAUCUUCACUAACUUAAUCUCCUUUUAAAGGGCCCUUAUUACUACUCACCGGGAGCGAGUGUGAUUAGCCGUUAUAAGCCGUUUGUAAAUCUGCCUCUUCCUGUGCCUUAGUGACAUCACAAGUGGGAGUGUCCACCUAGAUAUAGAUAAGACGGAUUGGACGGACACGCCCACUUGUGAUGUCACUAAGGCACCGAGGUGCCUUAGUGACAUCACACGUGGGAGUGUCCACCUAGAUACUGUAUAUUUUGGACGGAUAAGCAACAUUUGCCACAGUCCACAGAGAGAGGGAGGAGAACGGGGUUUUAGUCGUCCGGUCCAGGUGCCGAUUGUCAGCUCCAGAUGGGCGUUGUGCUCGGGCGGCUGAAUACUCUGUCAUUCGCUGGAUGGAUGAAUAAGGUGGCUUUUUACUCGUCCUCAAAGGCAGAACGUACGUUUGACAGCAGUCGCAGUGCAAUAGUGUGAAAUAUAAUGUGUACAAUAUAGAAAAAAGUUAGCAGCCAGAAAGCUCAAUGUAUCUAAGUAUGUGGACUUAAUAUAUAACAUGCCUCUAAGUUAGGUGAGGUACUGGAGUAUGCACUUUGGUUCCACUACAGUAAAGCCUAAUGGAACUGCUGUUCUUUGAGUGGAAGGACAAACAUGCUGUGCGUGUGUGUGCGCGUGUGUAUGAAUGUGUGUGUGUACUCAGAGGAAUGCUAUCAUGCUAGGUGCUCAUGAAUGUGUGUGUGAUGCUAACAUGCUAGGUGCUCAUGAAUGUGUGUGUGAUGCUAACAUGCUAGGUGCUCAUGAAUGUGUGUGUGAUGCUAACAUGCUAGGUGCUCAUGAAUGUGUGCGUGAUGCUAACAUGCUAGGUGCUGAUGAAUGUGUGUGUGAUGCUAACAUGCUAGGUGCUCAUGAAUGUGUGCGUGCUCCUCAGAGUGAUGCUAGCCUUGGAGGCCCGCGCUCCAUCAAGAACCUGCGGCGGUCCAACAGCACAACGCAGGUCAACCAGCAGGCCAACAUCAGCUUAAGCGAGGAGCCCCGAGACGACUUCUUGGCCGUGUUCGACAGCAGCUCAGACGGACGCAGGAAGCUGGCCAGCCUCAGCAAGGCCUCGCCGGACAGGACCACAUGGAACAUACUGGACGACCAGCCCCGGGCGCCGCCCCUGGCGGGCAGCGUCCGCAGCGCGGGCAGCGUCCGCAGCGCGGGCAGCGUCCGCAGCGCGGGCAGCGUGGACUCCCAGACGGGGAGGAGGAGGGACACGGGCCGCACCCUGGCUGCCAACUUCACCGCCAACAACAGGAGUAACAAAGGCGCGGUGGGCAACUCCGUCACCACCAUCCUGCACAACAACUACUCUGAGAAGCCCCUCACCCCAAAGAGCUCCAAUCAGAGGCCCACCUUCAAUAACCUGCUCAAGGCCACGGGGAACGACGAGGCGUCUCUGGAGCACGGCUCCGUCACCAAGUCCCAGAAGAACUUCGCCUCGGCCGCGUCCCCCGGCGCCAGCCCCCGCCCCCCCCCCAGCGCCGCCUCGCCCACGGGGGGGGGCGCCCCCCGGGGCAGCCCCGCCCCCGCCCGGAGGACGGAGGUCACGGAGCAGGAGGCGGAGAGGUUCAUCCAGCAGGUGAACCAGGCGGCGGUCACCAUUCAGCGCUGGUACCGGCACCACGCCGCGCGGGGUCGCAGGGGCCAGGCCGCCCUCAGGAGGCUGCUGGCCGCCGGGAAGGAGCGAGCGGAGCAGGAGCGAAGCCCGGAGGCCCAGCAGCAGCAGAGGAGGAGGAGGGAGGAGGAGAGGAGGCGCGUCCGUGAGGAGAAGGCCCGCCUGGCCCGCCUCUCCGCCAUACAGGAGCUGCAGCAGAAGCGGGCCCAGCAGGCGGCCGACGCCCAGGCGUCCCUGGACCAGGACCUGGAGGGGCUCCGGGGGGGCGGCCGAGGGGGCCGCAAGCAGCCCGCCCAGACCCUCCUCGCCAACAACAGCCCCGCCCCCACGGCCCAGAAGGACCGUCCCUCGCCCACGGACCUGAAGGCCAGGCCCACAGACUCCAUCUGCAACGCGGUGGACGACAUCUGUGAGGUCACCAGCUUCAGGGCCGCCUCCCCGGCGCCAUCCAAUCGCAGGGGCUCCCAGUGUUCCCAGGACAUCCUGCAGCGGUCUGUGAGCGUGGAGGACCAGCGGCUGGCCCCGCCCUCCUGCCACGCCCAGUCAAGCCACGCCCAGUCGAGCCACGCCCAGUCCAAGACCACCCUGAACGACCUGCUGGACACCCUGAAGUUGCUGGAGGAGGAGCCGGAGAAGCUGUCGGAGCCCGGGAAGGGCUUCUCUCGGGACAAGUACGCCUGGAUCGACGAGGACGGGGACUCCACCUCGCUGACCACGGACAACCUGGAGCGCCACGGCCAGAUGACCCACAAUGCAGCGCUGCCGGGCGGCGGCGCCCUGCUGUCGGAGGCCAAGCUGCAGACCAUCAUGAGCUUCCUGGACGAGAUGGAGCAGUCCGAGCAGGAGAGGCCGCGCUCCGGGACCUCUGGGUCCCACCGGGAGAUGGGCGUCUCGGAGGAGGAGCUGGUGGGCCUAGAGCACGUAUCCGCCACCGCUGCUGAGGUCACGACCUCCGUGAUGAGGCUGAAGUUGGACCUCGCCGAGAAGAGACGGACCGUCAACAUGCUGCAGGCGGCGCUGGCCCAGCAGAGGGAGCUGACGGUGCGCCACGUCAAGGAGACGGAGAAGGAGCUCAACAGAAACUUCCAGCUGCAGCGGGAACAGUACGAGGCGGCCAUUCAGAGACACCUGGCGUUCAUUGAUCAGCUGAUUGACGAUAAGAAGGCCCUGGGCGAGCGGUGCGAGGCCCUGGUGGCCGAGCUGCAGCAGGUGGACCACAAGUACACCAAGAAGAUCUCCCAGAUGGAGGAGCAGCACCAGCUGGUGUGGCAAAUUCUGGGUCCCUUGUGUGAGGAGAUCAAGAAGCUGAAGGAGCUGAUGAGCGCCACGGAGAAGGUGCGUCGGGAGAAGUGGAUCGACGAGAAGACCAAGAAGAUCAAAGAGAUCACCGUCAAAGGCCUGGAGCCGGAGAUCCAGAAGCUGAUCUCCAAACACAAGCAGGAGCUGCAGCGGCUGCGGCUGGCCCACGACGGGGAGCUGCAGACGUCGGACGAGCGUGCGGCCCAGCGCUACGUCCGACAGGGCGAGGAGCUGCGGCAGCAGCUGGAGAGGGACAAGGACGAGCAGUGUCAGCGGGAGAAGGAGACGGCCAAGCAGAGGUAUGAGCAGCAGCUCCAGGAGGAAGAGAUGUCCUUGCAGCAGCAGAGGAGGCGUCUCUACAAGGAGGUGUCCGAGGAGAAGGAGAGGCUGGGCCAGCUGGCCGCUCGGCAGCGGGCGGAGCUGGAGGAUCUGCGGCGGACGCUGGAGGACAACAGCUCCCUGGCGUGCCACGCCCUCCGGGAGGAGCUGGAGAGGAGCCGGGAGGAGCAGGAGAGGAGGCACCAGGUGGAGAUGAAGUCUUUGAAGGAACGGAUGGAGAUCGAAAAGCAGACUUGGGAGGAGAACUACAUGAAGAAAGAGGAGGCGUGGCUGCUGGGCCGGGAGCGGGAGCUGAAGGAGGAGGUGAGGCGCGGCCGCGACCAGGAGAUAGAGCUCGCCAUCAGGAGGCUGGAGGAGGAGGGCAGCGGCGCCCGGGGCGAGAGCGAGAGGGCCGCCGAGAACAGGGUGAAGCGGGUGCGGGAGCAGUACGAGGUGGAGCUGCGGGAGCUGGAGCAGUCUGAGCGGGCGGCGGUGGAGAAGCAGCAGCAGCUCAGGAGGCUUCAGACGGAGACGGAGGCGGAGCUCCAGCGGCUGCAGGCCCGUCUGCAGCAGAGGGACCAGGAGAUGGAGGACGUGGUGCAGAGCCGGGACAAGCUGUCGGCGGAGCGGCGAGGCCUGGCCGAGGUCAUCCGGACGGAGUUCGCAGAGCGGCUGGUGGCCACGGAGGAGGAGAACCGCCGCAUGAAGGUGGAGGUGGCGGAGGCGCGCGCCCGGCUGCGGCUGGAGGUGGAGCGCGUCAGCAGGGAGAAGGAGGCGGAGCUGGCCGAGGUCCACCAGAGAGUGAAGUCGGCCAUCUUGAAGAAAGAAGAGACUGUGAGUAGCCUUCGGAAGCAGCAUGAGGCCGCUUUGAAGAGGGCGGAACACUUGGAGGCCCUGUGGGAACAACAGAGGAAACAGCUGUUAGAUAAAUAGCCCCCCCCACUGCUGACCCCCCUGCCCCGCUCGUACCAAGACUUCUGGAUUCCUCCGCAGUGGAUGGGGUUGUGUUGGUGGAACCCAAACAGGCUGAAACCAGAAGGCCCCAGAGAAGAGACUGACGCCGUACGAUAUGCCUCAACUUAUACACACGACUGUGUGUGUGUGUGUGUGUGUGUGUGUGUGUGUGUGUGUGUGUGUGUGUGUGUGUGUGUGUGUGUGUGUGUGUGUGUGUGUGUGUGUGUGUGUGUGUGUGUGUGUGUGUGUGUGUGUGUGUGUGUGUGAAAAGAAAGUAGGCUAGGGUUAACUCUGUUUCAAACUUAAAAAUCUCUAGAGGGUUAAAAGAGAAGUAAGACAAGAACUGCACUAUACGGUACAAGCAAAAAUGGAGGAGCAGAAAAAAUCGACUCGUGAAUAGCUUUGGGAUUGGAAAACGCCAGAAAAAGUGUUCCUUGGUAAAUAGAAAACACCCAAACACUAAUCUGCAACAUCAAUGGUAGUCCCCAAACACACACUCACACAUCUCUUCGGACAAAACCCAAAGCUGAGACUGCAGUACAGUCGAAUAAGCCCCGCCCCUUGAGGUCCGGUCAUAAAUGCCAACACACACACACACACACACACACUCCACCCCAAAACCUCAGGAGGAGAAGCAGUAAUUAGAGGUCUCUCAUCCCGUAAAAAAAGGCCUCAACCCCAAAUACCUGCCCCGGGGCUGGGGCAGGGAGUGGAACCAGAGACUCUUGGAACAAGGUCAAAUCUGACCUGCUGUAACUUCAGGGGCCAGUGGGUUAGCUCCUCCGAGACAUCUUAUAUAAGAGAGAGACGGAGAGACGGAGGGACAGAGGGACAAGGAAGGAGAGAGAGAGAGAUUACAAUGAGAAGAUAGAGAGAAGGGACAAGGAAGGAGAGAGAGAGGAGGCAAGGAGGCAGAGAGAGAAUACAAGGAAGAGGGAGAGGGAGGGGGAGAGAGAGACAAACUUGGAAGGGGAUGUGUUGACCCGAGACAGACUGGUCCUGACACUACAUGUUUCCAGUCCGAGAUGUGAGGAGUUUGUUUAUGGUCUGCGAGGGAGGAAUGAGGAAGGAGUCAGAGCGUCAUUCCCAGCGGGGAAGGUUCUUACGAAACGAUCACAUGAUUACGUGCAACCCUGAUCCGUGGCCGAGGCGGGGUGGGGGUGUCUGUUGACGUCUGAAACCCAGUUGGUUUGUUUCCAUUAUUUAACGAGGGAGGGAUGGCCGAGGGAAGGAGAUCCUCCCCACGUCGGCCAUCAGCGAGAGACACCACUUCCCUUUUUUUUUUUUAAAUGUAUGUUUUGCUUUCUAUUUCGGUCGAGGUUGGUUUAAAGCAAUACGCUGCAGCGCCAUGCUCUCACCGAGCCCAGGGAGGUUCCUUCUAGAACCUCACUCUGUUUAAAGGCCUGUGGGGAAGAGAGGGAGGACCUGUCACCAUGGCAAUAUGCUGGAUGCGUGACACUGUGUUCCCAAGGCCGCCCCCCCCCCCUAAUUCAUAUCCAUGUCUGAAGAUAUUUAUUGCUUGUUUGUUGUUUUUAUUUUUGUGGAUCCCUUUUGUAUUUAUUCUCUUUUCUCAGUCUCUUUGCUACCUUUGUUUGUAGUAUUGAUGUUGUUUCGGUUCCCACAUUUCACUGUUAUCAGAAUGGUUUCGUAUUGGUAUUUGCACAAAGAAUCCCAAGUCAACUAGUCCUACAGUUUGCAUGCCUUCUGCAAAAGCCAAACGCAAUAUGGACGGUUAUAAUUAUUGUAAUAGUUAAACUAAAACUAUGUUAUUUUCGGAUGCUCCGAGUACAGUAUGUCAGUUUUUAUUCUGACAUUGAAUGAAUGCCAUUAGUUUUUUAUCAAUAUGUUUAAGGAUUUAUAAAGUUUAAUCUAGCCCCUUUAUUUUAAGUAUUCGUAUUGCUGCCACUGUCGACGAAUUAAAGUCCUCCUCGGCCCGAGAUGA